UGGAGUUUUUGUGAAUAGCAAAUUAGAAGAUGGAGAGAGAGCUUUACGAGGCAGCUGUAGAAGGAAAUAAGACUUCAUUGCUUAAUCUGCUUCAAGAGGAUGCACUACUUCUCGACAGAUUCAUCACGGAUCGUUACCCUGAAAGCCAUUGCACGUUGGCAUCCAUGCUCGGCCACCUCGAAUUCGUCGAUGAAGUUCUUAUUUGUAAGCCUGAGCUAGCCAAAGAAACCGAUUCUAGAAACUCGUGGCCACUUCACUUAGCUUCGGCAAAAGGGUACCUCCAAAUUGCGAAAAGGUUACUGCAGGUCGAUCCUGAUAUGUCUUGUUAGUGACAUUGAUGGAAGG